AUGUUUGGUGCGAGGUACCAGCUUCAUGUGAUAGACCAGCUGCAUGUUUUGAAGAACCACCCUUCAGUGUCCGGUCAGGUGAAGAAUCAGAGCCUGGCAUUUUUGAUCGCUGGGAUUGUGGACACCAAGACCGAGAGGGCCUGGAAGGAAUCCCAUGAUGCGUUCCGUGGCCAAGCGCUGGGGCAAUUUGUGGGAUGUACUCUGCUUUCAGGCCGCAGUGGGGUCGGGUUUCCGGUCCUGUUGACCAACCUGGUGGGGAACUCACAUGUCUUCCACGGCGUCCAGGAGGAGGGCGGGGGUUUUGUGCAGGAAGUCGUAUUCAGCAAUCAGGCCGCGGCGUUCCAGUAUUUUGGGAAGGUGUGCAGCCAGGCGGAGGUUGUUCGAAGAAAGAAAGUGACAGAACUCCUUGCGGCGCUCGACAACCGACCUCCAAGACUCCCUGCCCCCCAACCAUCGUCCCCCUUCCGGAACCCGCUUGAUUCUCCGCAGAGCCACGGGCCUGUUGACAGCGACCUCAGAGAAUGUGCGUACAGAGAGGUACGCCGGGAGCAGCCCCUGUUCAACCUGCCACCCUUCGAGAUCAUGAUGGAGUACUUGUCUAACCUCGAGCAGGGUGUGGCGAGGGCAGCGGAAAUCCGCUCGCGUCCGAGCUACAUCAUUUAG